AUGGCAAAGGCUACCAUCUUCGACCUGUUUCUCGGGCGGCCCAUCCAGCUGCCCGGGGUGCCGCUGGUCGACAUGGCAUCCUUGCAGUGGGAGUUCGAGGAGUCUGUCAAGGAGGCAUGGAAGGAGCGCCGCAAGCGCCUGAGUGUGGCCCUGGCGGGAGUGCUCGACGUGCCGGCAGCGCAGCGGCCACAGCUGCUGACGACACUGCAGGAGUCGACUCUGCGGCAGCCCUACCUCCCUCUCCGUCCGACACCUCUAUCUGCGGGCCCCACACCAUCAGCACAACAGCCGCGCUGGCAGCCUAACAUCCAGCGGGCCGUGUCCAUGGGGCAGACGACCGCAUCAUUCGACGAGCAAACGGAGGCCUACCACGUCGGCCAAGAGAUUCUGGACGCUGCGAAGAGCGGGCUCCUCUCGUGGGUGCCCGGCCUGGUGCUCGUCGGACGGGCCGGCAGCGGGAAGACCCACGUGAUGUGCGAGUUGGCCAUGUACGCCAUCGGGCUCGGGUUUGACAUCGAGAUCACGGCGCUAUCCUCUAAACGCGCGCAGCAGUUCGGAGGCCUCCACGCUCACAAGCUCUUUGACCUCCCGGCGCACCAGAGCAACUUCCCGCCUCAGGUGCAGGCAAAGACGGCCAUCGCCUCCCUCAGCCGCUCGCCGAUCCGCUGGAACCUGCUCAAGGUCACUCACUGCUUUUUCAUUGAGGAAGUGGGCCUGCUGAGUGCACAGACCAUCGCGGCAAUCGACUGCAUCCUUCGCUAUGUCCUCAACAACCAGGUGCCCUUCGGUGGGGCCAUCUUCGUCGGCACAGGAGCGGUCUGCCAGCUGUCUCAGCUGGGCGGAGACACCUUCUGGUCGUCCACCUAUCUCAUCACCUGCUUUCGCGUAGCGGUCCUCAAGCACGGCAUCCGCUUUCUGGACCAGUGGCAGGAGGAGGUGGUGGAUAUCCUUGAGCGGCCACGCAACACUCCGCAGGAAAUCGCCCGGGUCGUCCAGCUCGUCGCCCAAGAAUGCAACUACGUCCAGCGAUGAGAGGACAUUCCUGUAGCGGCCAUCAUAGUUUUCAGCAGGCACGAGGCGGAGAACGCCGCUGUCGACCGCUUCGUUCAGGGAGUGCAGCGAACCACCAAUGUUG